CUGUUCAGAGCAAGAGAAGGGAGGUCCAUCAGAACCUAGAGGGACGCUGAGCCUGCAGAGAAAAAAGGCACUACCUGACGGUGAAAGUCGAGGUUAAAGCAGGUUGUCUGAGCUAGGCGCCACCACCUGCGCCACCGGCAAAUCCAUCUUUCCUGAUUGUGGUUGGAGGGCUUGUAAGCUUUGUCUGAUUUGGAUAAAGCUGGUGAAGAUGGUGAAGGCUCGUAUGACCACCGCCGAUGUGGCGGCAGAGAUUGCAUGCCUGCGGAGGCUGAUUGGGAUGCGUGUGGCGAAUGUCUAUGAUCUCAACCCAAAGACGUACGUCGUGAAGCUGGCGCGCAGCGGGGGUGUGACUGGGAGCGGCGAGAGCGAGAAGGAGCUUCUCCUGCUGGAGAGCGGGGUCCGAUUGCACACCACCCAGUUUGCACGGGACAAGAGCAACACGCCUUCAGGGAUCACGCUCAAGAUCCGGAAGCACAUCCGGACGAGGCGGCUGGAGGAUAUCCGGCAGCUCGGGGUGGACAGGGUUAUCGACUUCCAGUUUGGGCUGGGGGAUCAGGCUCACCACCUCAUCUUCGAGCUGUACGCCUCUGGAAACAUCCUGCUAACCGACGCAGUCUACAACGUGCUGACGCUCCUCCGCUCUCACCGGGACGACGAGAAAGGGAUAUCCAUGAUGGCCAAGCACCGCUACCCAAUCGAAACCUGUCGCCCGUUCCACCGGACCACUCUGGAGCAGAUUACGGCGGCACUAGAGGGGGCAGGCGCACAAAAUGAAACGGAAGGGCGCAGCGACAAAGUUGACGGAACUGGUACUGGAGAAGGAAAGGAGGGGGAAGCAGACAAGGGGGAUAGGAAAGAGGGGAGCGGAAGCAGAAAAGAGAAGAAGGAUGCGAAAGAGGGGAGUCCGACGCUGAAGGACGUUUUAGGGCAAGUGUUGGGAUACGGGCCAACACUUUGUGAGCACUGCAUUUUGGACGCAGGUCUAAUACCCAGUUCGCGGGUUCUCGAACGAGGGGGAAAGUUGUCGGAGGCGCAAGUUGGGGAGCUUUUGGCCGCGGUAGCGAGGUUCGAAGAUUGGUUGGAGCCGACGCGCGAGAAACCGUCGGAGGGUUUCAUCGUCUUCCAGCGGCCGAAGGCGCCGUCUGCAGUCGUUGUGAAUGCAGAGAAGAGAGGAAAGAAGGGAAAGAAAGGAAAGGGUUCGGCGGCUGUUGCAGAGGACGUAGCGCCGGAACCGGAACAGAAGGAGCCUCUUAAAGCGACUACUGACACUGCGGCACCAUCGGAGGCCUCGGCAGAAGGCAAGCCCGCGGACGGUGUCAAGGCGGACGGCCCCGUAAAGCUGUACGACGAGUUCACGCCGCUCCUUUUGAAGCAGCACGUGGGGCGGGAGUGGGUACGGUUCGAGACGUUCGAUGCGGCGAUGGACGAGUUCUUCAGCAAAGUCGAGGGGCAGAAGCUGGAGCAGCAGCAGAAGCAGCAGGAAGUGGCGGCGCUCUCGCGGCUCGACAAGAUCAAGGCCGACCAGUCGAACCGGGUCCAAGCUCUCCAGGCGACUGUCGAGCAGAGCGUGCGCAAGGCGGAGCUGAUCGAGUACAACCUGGAUGAGGUCGAUUCCGCCAUCGGCGCCGUCCGUUCCGCCCUGGCCAACGGAAUGGACUGGGCGGACUUGAAGCAGAUGGUCAAGGAGGAGCGCAAGGCGGGCAACCCGGUCGCGGGGCUUAUUCACAGCAUGCAGCUCGAAAAGAACCAGAUCACUCUGCUGCUGAGCAACAACCUGGACGAUAUGGUUGAGGAAGAGAAGACGCGGCCAGUAGACAAGGUAGAAGUCGAUAUCUCUCUGUCGGCUUUCGCCAAUGCGCGGUUGCACUUUGACACCAAGAAGAAGCACGCCAUCAAGCAACAGAAGACCGUCGACGCAACCGAGAGGGCGCUCAAGGCCGCCGAGAAGAAGACCGCGGAGCAGCUGGCCCAGGUCCGCAGCAUGGCCAAGCUGACGUCACUUCGCAAGGUGCACUGGUUUGAGAAGUUCCACUGGUUCGUCAGCAGCGAGAACUACCUGGUCCUGGCGGGGCGCGACGCGCAGCAGAACGAGCAGCUCGUGAAGAAGCACCUGGGGAAGGGCGACGUGUACGUACACGCGGACCUGCACGGGGCUGCCACGUGUAUCGUCAAGAACGCGAACCCGGAGGCGCCGGUGCCACCGCUGACGUUGAUCCAGGCGGGGAUCAUGUCCGUCUGCCGCAGCUCCGCGUGGGACGCGAAGAUCGUGACCAGCGCGUGGUGGGUGCAUUCACACCAGGUGUCUAAAACGGCGCCCACCGGGGAGUACCUGACGGUCGGGAGCUUCAUGGUGCGCGGGAAGAAGAACUUCCUGCCGCCCAGCCCGCUCGUAAUGGGCUUCGGGUUCCUGUUCCGGCUGGAGGAGAGCUGCCUGGCGGCGCAUUUAGGUGAGUAA